CGAACGUCAUUGUUCUCAAAUUGUGACUGUAUUCUGCUGUAUUAGUUUCACGUGAUGUAUUCUCACUGAGUAAAGGAUGAGGAAAUUCUGGAGUGACUUUUCGCAGAUAUUCCUUCAGAUCCAGACUCACAGAUUGACACCAGCAGUGACAGUGAAAGUGAUGUGCUAGCUGAAGAUAAUGAUCUGGAUAUGCGAAUGAAAACACCUGUUUUAUCUCAGAUUAUUUCGCAAAGUGAGAAUGAGGACCUUUUGACAAUGACAGUGAUGAUAGUUUCAGCACUAAUUACGAUUUGCCACUGUCUUCCGUUGCGAAUUUUUCAUGGAGAAAGGACGUCAGUGCAAUGAACUUUGCUUCCAAUUUUUCAGAGGAAGCUGGUGUACGAGGAAAACUUAAAAAUGACAGUGAAGGAAAGCAGAGUCAACUAUACACGCCAUAGAACUCUUAGUGAGGGACAUUUUAGCAGCAUUAGAGGACAAUACUCAUGUACAGGUUGGAAGUUUGUUAUGAGAAGACUGUAAGUGUGGUGGUCGAGCGACACUGACAAGUAUUUGCCACUGGUGCCACAGAAGCUGAUAUGAAAGAACAAGGACAAGUAAAUUUUCCAAAUCUGAAAAAUGAGGGAAAGACAGCAGAGACAACAACACCUAGGUCAGGUGGAGCUGAAUAUGACAAAUGGAGACUUGCACAAAGCAGAAAACUUCUGAAGACCCACCAUGCUUUAAUAAAAGAAGCACAUGAUAUAGGUCACUCUGCAUCUGAGACAGGUGGUUCAGAUGGAAGUGAUGGUGAUGAUAGGUCCCAGAAGGUCAAAAUUGGACAAUCAACAUGGAAUGAAUGUACACCUGCUGAUUUUUUGUUAUAUUUUCGACGGGGCUUCCGUGAUGAUCAAAUGACACUUAACAACAAGGUAUGUUUUGUUGAGAGAAUGGAUCUAAUAAAAUCGGGUCAAGACGGUAAUGAAGAGAUGAUAGAUUUAAUGAUCACAUUUCAUCCUUUGGAUUUUUUAGUAAAGCUUGGCUACAGUGCAGAAGAAGCAGCUCUGAUAUCUCAAGAUGAAGAAAUAAAAUGUAGACUUUAUGCAGCUAUUCGAGAGGCAAGGAUCUGGGCCAAUUCAAUCACAAAACCGCAAGCAGCCCUCUUAUACCUAUUGGCACAUAAAGCCAAACCAAAAAUUAUGCGGUAUUAUUUGAGCAUGGUGGAAUCUAUUAUCAAUAGAAGAAUAUUGAAUGCUGUGAAACUGAAUGAAUUGAUUGACUUCCUUGAAUGCUUAGAAGAUGGUGAAAUUGCUCUGAAAGAUGUGUUUGAUGAGAUGGCAGAGAGUGAAGAACUAGAAGAAAAGAAGAAAACUGAAGAUUUGUACACAGUUUUUCAUCAUAUGGCAGAGGAGGAAGCUAUGAACUGUGGUAGAUAUCCAUUGUCAGCUAAACAAAUAUUUCUUCUACAAACACUGGUUUCAAAAUAUCAUAUAGCACUUCAGGAUCAUUUGGCACUUCUUACUUGUUACAUUGGGCGUGGUCUUAUCAAGAACACAGUACAACUCGAAGCUGCUCUUGUUUACCUACCACAUGUAGCAAGACACUCUGUAAAUUUCGAGGAAUUUGAACAAUACUGUGGAAUCAAAUCAAGAAGAAACUAAGAGAGAAGCUGCU